GAUUCCCAUAUUUCAAUGAUUAAUAAAAAAAACAUAUAUCCCCAAAAACCAAACCAAGAAAACACUUCUCCUUACUCAUUCUUUUUCCUCUCUCAUUUAUUAAUAUUCAAACAUCAUUCCAGCUUGAAAAAUAUGCUCGGAUGGACGUUGGUUUAUCUUUAAUCUGAAUCUCUAUCGAUCAAAUGAAUGGCAGAAGAUUAUGAAUAUUAAAAAGAGCUGCAACACAUUCAGUGUCAAAUAAUUGAAAUAACCAUCAGUAAAAAUCAACAUCAAGAAAAGGAGAGAGAAGAUGGAAGAAUUAGAACUACGAGAUCAAGAACAAGAACAAGAACAAGAACAAGAACAAGAACAAGAACAAGAACGAGCUGAAAAUACGUUAUCUGUAUCAUCAUCACAAAAGUGGUCGGGUUUCGAUUUGAAUGAAGAAGCAGCAAGCUCCGAAGAUGAUGACGACGACGAAGAAGAUGAAAAGAGAAGAUCGGAAGAGAGUUCGUCAGCGAAUAAUACUUCUAAUUCGACCGAAAGACAAGAAGGUAGAUCGGCAGUUAGACAGUAUGUUAGGUCAAAAUUGCCGCGUUUACGUUGGACUCCAGAUCUUCAUCUUUCUUUUGUGCAUGCUGUUGAAAGGCUUGGUGGUCAAGAAAGAGCAACGCCGAAGCUAGUUCUUCAGUCAAUGAAUGUUAGAGGACUCAGCAUUGCUCAUGUAAAGAGUCAUUUACAGAUGUACCGAAGUAAGAAGCUUGAUGAGGCUGGUCAAGUACUAAACCAUGCGUACCGAUCAAUGGAAAGAAGAGAUAACUUUCAAGGAAUGUUAAACCAAUUUACUUCUAGCCCUCAACAUCAUUUCAGAAUGGAGAAUGGUGGAAUUGUUUUGGCUAGACAGUUCCCUCAGCAUUCAUUUGGUCACAAUCCUUCGCAUACUUCUCUCUCACAUAGACCAUCAAGUUUCAAAGAAAGCUUCUCAUGGCACAAGCGAUGGAGUAAUGAUCAUGAAUAUGGGAGAAGGCGAUGUAUAUUAGCAGGCAAAGAUCUGGAGAAAGAAUUGGAUACAACGAUGCGAAUUGGACCGUUGCGACCUAGCCGAUUUCUUGAACAAAAACGGUGGCCUCCAAUAGAUCAUUUUCUUAAAAAUCGACCUGAUCAGUCUCAACCAAUCUCAUCAAGACCAUCGGCUCAUGAAGAACCAACAUACCAUUGGAAGCCAACAGAAAUGGUUAAGCUAUCUUCGUUUCACUCACAUGAUUCUAUUGCAAAUUUCAAUUCCUUCAAAGCAGCAUUUGAGCCUCCACUUCGGCUUGAGCUGAAUCAAGAAAAUGCAUUGUCGAAGGAUAAAGAAUGGUUGCCUGAUUUACAAUUAAGAUUAAGUGAAAAAGUUGAAAUUGAAGAGAUUAAAAGUAGAAGCACACAGGAAAUCAGCACUAAACUUUCACUUUCAUAAUGCUAGCAGGAAGAUGAUACACGUGUCAUAGGAAGAGUUAAAUUUGGGGGAAAAAAGAUUAUUUAAUACAAACACCAUGUUAAUUAUUUAUUGGAAGCUCAAAUAGAAAUGGCAAUAGUGAGGCUGAGUACUUAAGAAUAUCUGACUAUGUAUUAGAGAUUAUUAUUAUGUAGAAGGAAAAAAUAUCCUAGGGAGAGUGAGAUCUUUUUAAGUACUUGUCUUAGAGCCAUUAUAUGAUCACCAAUCAUUAGUUUUGUGUGAUUUUUUGUUUUGUCUUAAUGUUAAUGGAACAGGAGAUUCAGUUUUUAA